AAGAAAAUAAAUGGCAAAAUAAAUGGCAAAAUAAAUGGCAAAAUAAAUAACAAAAUAAAUAACAAUAUAAAUAAACGAGUACAUAAGAACCAACAGCACAUUAUAGAAUCCGUGUUGCGCUCACAUGGGUAAACAAAAUGAACACAAAAACGAUUUAAUCCCUCAUAAAUAUUGUUUUUUUUGUACGCUAAAAAAAAAAAAAAAAAGAAUAUAUUGAAAGAAUUGUUCUACCUCAUAAACCUAAUUGCUGUAACAGCAAAAUGCGGUUAAGCAUUACAGAUGCUUCUUAAAAAUAGGAGGAAGGUUUUAAAUCACAGCUAAAUGAACUAUAUAUAUAUAUAUAUAUUUUUUCCUUUUCGCGCUUUGGUUUUAUUUUUUCGAUUUAGUAAUGUAAGUAUUUGUUAGUUGCUUUGUUAUUUUUACUGCAUUUUUUCCCGCCCUUCUGGCCGCUCCUCCCGCUGCUUCCUUUUCCGCUCCCGUUUGUUUAAUACCGCUUAGAAGCGGUCGCCCCUUUUUAUAAAUCCCGCCAAUCCCGUGGACGACGGCCGUGCCGCAAAUCUAACCAAGUAUAUGCCACUAAAAAGCGCUCCCCAGUAGAGCUAAUUAUUCUUCGAAAAAUAUACAAAAAAACAUGGAAGUAAAUGCACUGCAGAAUAGCAAAUUCGAUCCACUCAACCUGGCCGUUCCCAUCAUAAAUGAGGGAAUAAAUGUCGGCAAAAGACUGAUAGAAAGACUUGACGUGCCGGCAGUCGCCGAUCUAGUGUUAACAGCGACGUUUUUCACUCUGUAUAAGCUAUAUAAUGACUUUAAAAAAAUGAAGAUCCUGCAGCCGCGAGAAAACCACGAAAUAUUCUACGACGCGCUGGACACUCUAGAUGGAGAUCUCAGCACGGAAGAGAAAAUUCAAAAGCAGCUACGCGAAGUAGAAAAUCAUAACAGAAAAGUACAAAAGUUACAGGACUGGUUUAAAGAUGUAGAAAAGAGAGUAAAAGCUGAAAGGAGAAAAAUAGAUUUAGCAACAGGAAGAGCCAAAAGUGAUGAUCUGAUAAAAAGAGCAAGACAAACAUCAAAAUAUGUAAUCAAACCGGAACAAGAAAUAGCGCUAGAAGAUACGGAAGAAAAAGAAAUCAUGGAAAAUGGAGUUAAAAAAAUCCAAAACGGGUUACGCAUAAUAGAAGAAUUGAUGCAAAAACUUGAUGAUGGCACAGGGAAAAUGCCGAAAGACAAUUUAGGAUCAUAUAAGCAAGAAGUAGAAAUCCCUGAGGAUAAAAUCGCAGAAUUUGAUGAAGGCCUAGAAUUAUUCCAAGAAGGCUUAAAACUAAUUGAAGCUCGUGUAAAGAACAAUGCAGGAGAUAACGAAAUAGAAGAAAUAAAAAUAGAACUAGAAGAACCGAACGAAGAAGAGGAAGAUGGGGAUAACUCAUCUCCCUAUUUAUAUUCCCAAGAUGCAGUUGUACAAGAACCACUUUUAGCAUCAGAGCGGAAAUCAUACAAAGGGAAGAUGGCGCAAGUAGAAAAGUGGAUAAACGAAAUUGACGAAACGAUAAAAAAUGAAGCAAUGAAGAUAAAGGAAGGAGUGGAAGCGGAGGUCAAACCACCCGAAUCAUUUGCACAAGACGCAGGAAAGACAAAGGGACAAGCAGAAAAAAACACAACCAAAGAAGAAACACAUGAAAAUGUAUACGAACAAGGACAAAACAUGGGAGAAGAACCCAGUGGCGAAUUGACCGAAGAGUGGAAAGCUAAAGAAUGGAAAAAAUGGAUAAACAACACAGAAAAACAGUGGGGAAAUUUUACACAAUCCUUUGAACAACAUAAACAAAAGUGGGUCAACAAAAAAGAAAGUGAAUGGGAAGAAUGGCUCACAAAUAUUCACUACAAUUGGAUUGGAUUUACCAACAAAUUGGAAGGAGAUUAUAUAAACGAUAAAGUAAACGCUUGGACGAAAUGGGGUGAAAAGGAAUGGAAGGGAAUAAUCGAAAUGGAGUGGAAAAGACCUAUGAAAGUAAAAUGGACAAAAUUGGUAGAAAAAAAUGAAAAAAUUUGGGGAGAUAAGCUUUUUAAUUAUUGGGACAACUGGAAAGAUAAAAAAUGGAACGAAUGGAAAAAUAUGAACUGGAAAAAAAAAGAAGAGGAAAAGUGGAAUAAUUCCGAAAAAAGGAAAGAUUUAAAUAAAGAUGAAAAUUGGAAGGAAUGGAAAAAAAGAUUGUUAAGGGAAAAAAAGGAAUGGGAAAAUUGGGUCAACGAAAAAGAAGAUUUCCUAAUGGAUUCAGAAGAGACACACUGGGAAAAGUGGAAAGAGUACAAGUGGAAUUACCUGAAUGAAUGGAUGAAGCAAAUGGAAGUGGACUGGUUAAAGUCCAAACCGUGGGAAGUCUGGAAGCAGGCAAGGAGCGAUUUCUACGAAUCAAACGUAAAACUGGAAGAUGAUUCGCAGCACAGUGAAGGGGAGUAUUCGGUCAGCUCUUAAAAUGAAAUGUUGCCCUAUUUGCGGCGAAAAAAAAGGGGGUCAUUUUAAAUUUUUUUAUCACAUCGAACGUCUCCUCUCACCGUUAAAACGGGGCCACGCACCCCAUAAUGCAAGUAGGCGACUUUUAAGAAGACGCGUCACCAUAGCGUCAUGCGCAGUGAGUCCAAUUUGUCCUCCAAAAAAAUAUGUGAAAUGUGUGUUUACACUUUUUCAAGUGAAUAUCACGUGGGAAUUUUCAAAUGCUUCGUUUUUUUUCCCUUCCAAAUCGUUUCCCUUCAGAUGACAACUGUCAUUGUUAUAAGAGGCGGAUUUUUCGAAAUGGCCUUUUUACUUCUUUUUAUUUGUUAUACAAUUCGCGUGUGUGCAAUGCGUUUCGCUCAAUUUGUUUACCUCACAAAACUUUAGCAGUAUAUUUUUCGUGUAAGGUGAUAAUCACC